UCCACAAACCCGACAAUAACCGAAAGUCUUCAGCUACUCCCGAUCCGCCCCCAUCGAAGUCUGUUGUUGCCGGGUUGGGGGCGAUGGGGUGGACGAGAUUAAUGAAAUAAAGAAAAAAGGCGAUUUACAGAAACCAUCACUCCUCAGCCCCUCCCAGUCCAUGAUUUUCGGAUCCGAGGCUUGACAAAGAGACAGACCCUUAAGGAUGAAAGUAAUCAGCGCUGCGGUGCUUAGCGCCCUGUUCUGCACUGUUGUGUCAGCAUCUUUGAAAGUGAAAGAGGAACACAGGAAGGCCUUCUUUGGGGAGGACAUUUACAUCGAUGUCCCGCCUGGGAACCUCGGUGAGGUUGUGUUUAAACCGCGGACCAAUCAGUCCGCUGAGGUGGUUCUGCUGCGAGAAGGCAAGGUGGUGAAUCCGCGGGGCGGUUUCAACUCUCUGGGCCACCUGGUGCUGGAGGACGUGCAGGAGGAGGAUGAGGGGGUCUACAUCACCAGGAACAAAAACAACCCCAACAUUGUCGAGCACCUCAUCCUCAUCGUCAGGGACUGCGCUUUGGAGCAAGUGGUGAAGUACGGAGAAAGUUACAACAUCCAUCUCAACCAUGUGGAAGGCCCCAUCACCCUGGAGUUCAGACCCAGCCCGGUUCAGCCCAAUCAGACUGAGGUACAUCAUGCAACAGAGGCUCCGCCCGUGGUGCUGUACAACAAGACAGCAGUUGUGGCAGAAGAAUACGUGGGACGUCUCAGCGUGUCGGAGAAAAAGGUGACGCUGCACUCGGUCAGGAUGACAGACGAGGGGAGCUUCACAGUGCUGGACCGCGAGGGCAAAAUCAAGAGGAGGAACUGUCUCAAUGUCAGAGAGCACCAGAACUUCAUCCACCUCCCCAACAAUGGAAAUCUGAAGAUGAAACUCUACGUGCACUACUCCAAUCUUAACAUCGUCUACAGGCCCAAAUCGGACAAUCAGGACCGUCCCAUCCUGACCCAGGGGGCUCUGGCGACGCCGCUGGACCCACUGCUGGAGGGCAGGCUGAGCGUGGAGGGUUCAGAGCUCUUUAUGAAGAAGGUCCACCUGUCCGACACGGGCGUCUUCAAAGUGACAGACCUGGCUGGGUUUCCUGUGGCUCAUGUCUAUUUAGAGGUAGAAGCCUACAGGCUGCCUAACCUGACUGUCGUCGUCCUCUCCCUGCUGGGCGUCAUCGCCUUUAUGCUGCUGGUGUGCCUGCUGUCCUGUAUUUAUAAAGUGCACAAGAGGAACGAGAAGAACAAGAAGCUCACGCUCCUCGCUCAGCAGGCCGGCAAGAGAGACGGCGAGGCUUUCAGACAGGUGGUCCAUGAGGCUUACACCAGGUUCACGGAGGAAUCUCUGAUGCAGUCUGUGUGUGAGAAGCCGUCGGAGAGCACAGAGGUCACCAUAAAGGGCCUCGAGGUUUCCAAACCGGGCCGCUACCACACCCUCUCGUCCGAUAAUUUCCUGGAGAUGAGCGACUCCGGGGUGGAGUUCACCUCUGGCCUCCCAUUGGACAGUGACACAGAUGCCGCAAUGACCUACGCCUCCCACAAGCCCCUCUUGAACGCCGUCUCCCCCACAGCAGUAACCGAAGAAGUUCACUCCGACAGCCAGGAUGCCACUGCUGUCCCCCCUGGGGACCUCAGCGCCAGCCGGACCCCUGACUCCGCCAUGAGCGCCAGCCCAGCCUCCAAUCCUCGCUCACUUGCAGCCGCCACCCCGGACGGCAGUCUACAAGGUGCUGCAUCACCAGGAGCGGCCUCCAGGGGCACCGCUGGGUCGGAUUCAGCCAAGACAGAAGCAGGAGCGGAGAGCGAGCAAGCUGUGCAGAACGAGGAACCAGCUCAGAGCACCUGAGAGGAUCCACCAUGGUGAAUUUUUUAGCUCCUAAACAAUAAUGACAUCCACAACAAUCUGGCUCUGUCGAUCAUCCAAACACCACAAAGUCACAGAAAUCAUAGACAAAAUACUCCUGCUUCAGAUGUCAGUUUAGCCUAAAAGAAAAUACUAAAAAGGCAGUUGCACAAAAUGCACAAUACAAAAUUUAACGCACUCAACACUGGAAAAUUAGAUGCAAACCCCAAACUGUAUCAAAAUAAUCUGUGCAUAUGGAAAAUGCAUGCAUUUAAAUGAAACAUUAAAGUAGAAAUCAUAGUUCAGAUGUACAGGAAAAUGCUGACGUUAUAGAGUAGACUGUCUGCAUGCGAACUUCAACGGGGCGGCGGGGCUCAAAAAGAAGUUAAUGUAAAAAGGGUAAAACACUCUCAGCACUUUUAGGAAAACACCUAAAUGAGAUCGAAAGAUUUCACCUCCUGCCGAAACAUUGUCAAAAAGGAAAAAAAAAUUUCAGGAGUAUGACACUUUUGACAGGUGAAGUCAGCACGCCUCCAACAAAUUAUUUUCUAAGACCAAGGCUACUAAUAACAACAGCUUCUCCUGUACCGAGGCGAAUCUCAGUGUGUUGCCUCUGACAGCACUUUUGUCUGCUCUCACGGCAUCAGACAAGCACCACGAUGAUUAUAUUUCUUCCCACCCGAUACACAGACUCUAUUAUUAACAAUACAAGUGUAUCAGAAAGCGUCUCCGCCUCUCCGACAGAAGUGCUUGUCUCAGCACGCGUUGGCCGAUAUCCUCUCUGAAAAACCUGAAAAGUGAAACAAACUCCGUAGAUUGAACACCACAUCUCCGAUGCGAGUGGCGGUUUUCCUUUCUCUCAUAUCUUCGCUGUCAAAUCUGACACAUUUGAGGGCGUCACCUGAAGAAACCUGUCGAAAUGUCCACCUCAUCUCACUCACGCUAAUGAUGACGAUCCAGAGAAAACACCCACAAGAACGACAGCUAACUGUGGAAACUGUUCUCGUCUGUUUUUAUUUAUUUUCACCCCCCAGUGGAGUUGACACAAGCCCUGUCAGAGCAACAUAAAAUUAGGAGGACAGUGCGCAACAUUUCUUGGACUUUUGGAACAGCUCCCGAGAACAUAAUUGGAUUCUUGGUCUCUAUGCAGCAGGACCGAUUCACGGACGCCGUAGAGUGAGGAGCGGUGAUAAAAGAGACGACAGAGAUGGAACAGGGUACUAUUUGGGGAACAGAUAAAUGACUUGCAUGAUUUAAAGCGUCCUAUUUUCAUCUUAGCUCCCAUCCAUCGGAUGGAGCUCUGAUUAUUGUAGCCCAGUUGUUUGCCAAAAUGAAGUGACUUGGAAAGCAGUUGGAUCAAUCUGAGAUAACGACGCAGCCUACAGCCCCAAUGGAGUGAGACUGAAUAACAGUGAUUAUGAGAAGUGUGUGUGUGUGUAUGUGUGUGUGGAUAUAUUAGACAUUCAGUCCUCUGCAUUCAGCUCGUGAAAAAUUGGAAAUGAAAAAGAGGAGGGUGCUCUUAGAGUAUAAAAAUCCUGAAUUAAUGGUUAUAGUAAUACCACUAACUCAAAAAUGACCUCACAUUUGUUACUUGUGCUCCAUGAAUCCAAACCCAACAACUGUGCAACAUGAAAUUCAGUGAUUCUACAAGCCAUUCGACAGAAGUAAAUGCUUGCAUUGAAAGUUUCUGCAAACCACAGAUACAUAAAUGAAUUAUUUUGUUGUGGAUGAGUUGUAACAGUGUGUUUCUCAGCAGAGCUGUGGUAACACAAGAGGUUAGGUUUAGGCACAAAAAGCAUUUGUUAAGGUUAGGAAAAAAUAAUCUUUUGGCGCAAUACACCCAGUUUUGGUGGCACAAUCCUGGAAGGAAAAGUAGCAAUGUCACCACUUUUCAUGCCACUAUUUCUGCUGAAAAAGCUGGGAUAUCUUGGUUGAAACAACCACUUUUCAAGGCACUUUCACAGCUGGAAACACAGCAGUAUCUUGGUAAAAAAAAACAUCACUUUUUUUGCCUGGCAGGAAAAGCAGUGAUGCCUCAGUAAGACACAACUGCUUUUCAUACCACUAUCCUGGCAGUAAAUGCAAUGUCUCGGUAAAAAAUAACCGUUUUUUUGUGCCACUAUACUGGCAGGGAAAGAAGCCUCCUCUAAAAACCAAUCUCUCUAAAAACCAGCCACUAUUCUCACUGAAAAAUCAGCAAUAGGUUGUUUGAAAAUACCAAUGUUUGGUGCUUAAAAAGUCAUUGGAAACACAGCAGUGCUAAAAGACAGCAGGUGUUUUAUUUGUUGGUCUCAAACACUGGUGUGCAGCUUGGAAGGUGUCGUGUCUGGUGACAUGCCAUCUAGCAAUCCCUACAUGAUGACAAAAUCAGCUUACGUAGACUUUAUAUAAAGAAUCUAAAAUAAAUAAAUCUUUACAGUCUAUGGAACAGACAAAUGUUAGCCGACCCUUGAACUCUGACACGUGAUGAAACGUCACAUGCUCGCCAGCUGUCAACUUUGCCAUGACAACAACAUAAAAAUGAUUACGAUUAAGGCUUAAACUCGGGCCAGGAUCGCUGUAACGAUCUCCAAAUUGCUAGAAGUAUAAAACAUUUUUUUCAAAAUUGUAAACGUACACUUCAUUACAUUGUAUUAUUGUAUUCCUGAUACGAGGUGUGAGCUGGGUCUGAAUUGACGUGCCAAGUCCAGACUUUGAGAAUGUCUGCUCUAAAGUAUAUUAUUUUAGAAACUACAUGAUUCGUAUGCAGUGUAUGCAAAUGUAACGUAUUCAUGGUUUGCAGAAACGUACAACACCAACAUUUUCUUCUGGUGGCUAUACUGACCAUUGACUGUACCAGUAAGUAGUGUGUAGUAUUUAUAGUAUAGAAGGGUCAAAUGUUUACAACCACUCCAGUAUAAAUGUAUUAAGUCACUCUGUGACCAGGUUACGCCUUUUAUUGAGUCCAGGGCAUUUAAAUUCCAAAAACUGAUAGUUCGUAAUGUACAUUUGUUUACAGUGAAGAGCUCUGAAGCAUUCGAGGUUUAAAAAAGAAUAAAUGAUAGUGGUGUAGAUAUACCACAGGUCGCUUCUGAGUGACAUCCUUGGAUAAAAAUCGACUUUUCAUGUUUAAGUUUUGUCUUUAAUUAGAAAUAAUAAUAAAUGCAUUUUGUGGAAGAAUAAAGUAAGAAAAGACAGAAGCAAUGGGGCACAGAAAUACAGAUGAGAGGGUGGAAAUAGUGGCACAAGUUCAAACAUAUUUAAAGAGAAACAUGAACAGAGUCAAUUAGAUGAAGCUCUCACAGCCGUAACAACUACUUUUGACUAAUUAGUUUCCUUUUUCUUUACUGUGGAAGAAGCCCGGGCUAAUUCAGGUCACAGUAAAACUGAUUUACACCAAAGACAUUUCACAGAAUGAGAGUGAGACAUCUUACACUGUUCUGUCCAAUCAUGUCCUCCCCUCCGCAGGGCCAAACAGUCCAUGAUACUCGCACAGAGCCGCUGCAAAAGAAGAGUGCAGCAAUUUUACACUAAUAGGGAAUCAAAACGGCAUAAAUCACACAUUCUCCCUACUGAAACACACAAAACACAGUAAUCUUCAUCAUAACAGAGCUGCAGUGUCCCAAGGAUCCCAUUUAGAUGCCCGUGUUAUCGUUCCCAUUGACAGCUGUUAGCAGUGUGACUACCUCAUGCUGUAACGGAAUUGAUGUCAACCUGGAAAAGUCUGCGAGAUUUACGACCUCAUACCUCCGAUGGUAACUAAAAGCAGUCGGACAGACACAGGUGUUUGGUGUCUGGACAAGAAAAGCACAAAAUUAAACAGGUGAGCCCUCCGAGGCAAGAAAAAGGUUCACAUUGUCAUUAAAGACGGCAAAAAUAAGUAGCAGCUAUUGUAAAUACAAUAUAUUGAUCUGCAAAAAAAUGACAAAGUAGUUCCCUUCUUAUUCAGGAAAAAAUGUAGUUUGGAUUGAGACUUUAUUUAAUUGAAAUGUUAAAUACAUGAAUCAUGAGUGUGUGAAAUGAUAUGCAUACCCCACUUGUUGAAUUAUUGAUUUUGUAUGGCUGUUUUGUAGGGAAACGUUUGCUCUUGCAGGGACUUUUUGACUUGAUUUGAUAUAAUAAGAGAAAAAGACAACAGUAAGGCUCCCAAAAACUUUGUUUGGUGUAAAUAUCAAGUUGGGUCAAAUAAGCUCAGAUAAGAAUAAGAAUAAGAAGGUACGAUGGACUAAUGACAAACUGAUGGUCGAAGGACUGACUUAUUUACAAUUAAAUCUAAAGCAAUAUAAAUGAUAAUGGCACUGAGACAUCACUAACAUCCAACACAACAUCCGUCACUCUUAAUCAUCGUUGUUUUUCCACUCUUGUAAAUAUAAAAAAUACGUGAUCUGCAUGUGUAUAAUGUGAAAAUACUAAUAUGUUUCUUACUGCAAGGCUUAUGCAAGAUUUUAUACUAUCAAAACGCUGCAUUAAUCCUUUAACCACACGUCCACAGCAGGUAGAAAACUAACACGUAGUGCUGGAGACGCCUUCAGCCCAGAAGGCUCUCCCGUGUCAUGUCAUGUCUUCAUGUUGAGGUCACAGUGACGCCGUGUGAAAUCCUUUCAUCGACACGUCCGUCAGCAGUGAUGGAGUAUCUGUAGUCACCUCAUGGGUGCACUAUUUGACACAGCAACAGGGUGGUUGUACUUGUCUUAUUAAGACUCGAAGUAGGACAGAGAGGAGUGUAGAAAAUCAACAUAUUAUACAGUGGAAAGAUUUUAUUAAGCUGCUGAUGUGUUGGAGAAAAACUGAAGAAAUACUCCAACAUUUUGGUAAAAAUACACUUGUUUGCAAAGUUGGAAUAAUGAGAAUUUUUUUCUGCGCUUCCUGUUCUCCCAACAUCAGAAAAUCAGCAUAUUACCCAAAAUAAGGGGGUAAAAAACAAUUUCAGCUGUUUCAGCACAGUAUGUUAAAUCCAAUGAAAAAAACAGGAAAUUCAACAAAUUCAAGCCUUUGCAGAGUGAAAGAUGUCACCUGCAAAUUAAAUAAUAUUUGGAAACACUGCAAUGUUGAAUUUACAACCCAGUUACAAAAUACAAACUUUGGAGGGGAUUAUCUCUGCGGGAAGCACAGAGAUGGCUCAGUACAAAAAAAAAACAACCACUUUUUGUGACUUUAACCUGUCAAGAAACACGGAGAUGUCUUGGUAAAAAAAAGGAGGGAAAAAAAGCUUUUUGUGGCUUUAACCUGGCAAGAAACACGGAGAUAUCUUGGUAGAAAAAAAAAGCUUAUUGUGGCCCUAUCCCUGCUGAAAAAAAACAGUGAAAAGUCAUAACAAAACACCCACGUUUGGUGCCUGAAAAGGAGCUGGAAACACAGUAAUGACUCGCUUAAUCAAAUCUGGUUCUGUUGUUUAUUGUUCUGGUUCAGUGUGCUGAAACUUGGCAGGUAUCUCCAUGAGAUGUCACACCAUCCACUAACCCCUCCACCUCCUGAUGGCAAAAUCAGCUUAAAAA